GAUGCGGAGGGGCGGCGACGCGGGCCGGACCCAGCCCGAGCGGCGGGGCGGGCGGCGCCCGAGGGGGUAGGGCGCGCGCGGGGGCGCGCCGGGCCGGGGAGGCGCGCUCCGGCCGCGCUCGCUCCGCGCUCCCUCCGCUCGUUUGCUCGCUCCCUCCUCCCUCGCCAGCCGCGGCGGCAGCAGGAGAAGGCGGCGGCGGCGGCGGCUGGGGAUCAGACAUGGCGGCGGAUCUGAACCUGGAGUGGAUCUGCUCCCUGCCCCGGUCCUGGACUUACGGGAUCACCAGGGGCGGCCGAGUCUUCUUCAUCAACGAGGAGGCCAAAAGCACCACCUGGCUGCACCCGGUCACCGGCGAGGCCGUGGUCACCGGACACCGGCGGCAGAGCACAGAUUUGCCUACUGGCUGGGAAGAAGCAUAUACUUUUGAAGGUGCCAGAUACUAUAUAAACUACCUGCUAAUGCCCAUGGAAAAGCAGCAGAAGUACUUGAGCCCCUGUAUGCACGUGGAAGACCUGGAAGAAGCUCCUGGUUGCUGGAUCCUGGCUUCAUUUCAGCCCAGCCCUGGCCAUUGCAACUGUUUGGAGAGUAAACCAACAGACAGAAGAACUCGCUUUCUUUGUGUGUCUCUGUCCUCUCUCUGACUCUGCCUUUCAAAAAAAUAAAAUAAGUCUUAAAAAAAAUGACAAGUGAUUAGGUGAAAAUAUUUGCAUAUAGUAUGCCUGACAAACAGAUUAAGUCCGAAUACUAUAAAGAACUCUCAGAACUCAACAGUAAGGGAGCAAGCAUUUAGUCUAGUGGUUAAGAGACACUUGGCCCACAUUGGAGUCCAUGGGUUCAAUUCCCAGCUCUGGCUCCUGACUCUAGCUUCCCACCCAUGCAGACCCUGGAAGGCAGAGGUGAUGGCUCUCAAGUAAUUGUGUUUCUCUCACUCACAUGGCAAGUGUGUUCCUGACUCCUGCACUAGUCUCCGUCUAGCCCUGGCUGUUGUGGGAAUUUGGGGUACGAACCAGUGGAUGGUUCUCAAAUAAAUAAAUAUAUAAUAAUAAUUUUAAAAAUACUUUGUCACCAAGAAGAUAUGCAGAUUGCAAGUUUAUACUUGAGAAAAUAAUGAACAUUAGUAGUGUUUAGAGAAAUGCAAAUUAUACCCACUAUUCAGUACUACUGCAUAGCUAUUAGAAUGGCUAAAAACGAGCAGAAAAAGUAUUUACUAAUUUUAUUCAUUAAGUUCAUAUGAUGUGCCAGGCAUAGUUCUUAGUGCUUUAGAUAUAUUAACUCAUUUGAUCUUUGCAAUAAUGCUGUAAGAUAGCACCACUAUCAUUUAGAAUUUUUGGAUUUAUGCACUGAGGCAUGGAUAAAUUAAAUUGGCUGCAGUCACAUAGCUAAAAAAUGGCAGAGCCAGGAAAAAACUAUCACAGAAUUACAUAACACUGUGUUACUCUGCCAUGUUCCACGGGUCACAUGCUCUAGGUUUGUUAAAUUAGUGGUGGUGAUCAUUCCCCAGAGCUGUGUUUUACACCUGGGCAGUAGAAUGGGGGACAGUUUUCUUAAAGAAAAUUCAUACAUAUUCAUAUACAUAAAAUUUAGCUAAUUUUCAUAAAAAUGCUGUCUUAAUUUCUUUUUUUGAUGCUGAUUUUCACAUCAGAACAGUAAGGUGACUGUCCUCAGAAAAUGAUGUGGGCAGGAACCCUGUACUAGUUGGGACCAGUGCAAUGACGUGGUACUCGUCUUAGUCGUAGCAGGACCUCAAAGAUACACCAGUCAUUCGCUCUUGGGGGCUCUCAGUAUCCCACCAACUCCUUUGGCUCCAAGAACCACGAGGCAGAGGAGGACUAACAGCCCAGGGGAUAGCUUAAAGGGUCAUGGUUGAUUUUUGGUAAUUAACUUCCUUUUUUGAAAAGGCGCCAUAGAUUUUUAUCCUUAAGGCUUUUAGUUUCUCUGCAUCUCACUGGGAGACAGUCCAUGAUAGUAGUGAUGAAAGGUCAGGAGCUUUCUUGUCCUGUUUCCUCAACCACCAAAAAAUCAAAUAUCUAAGUGUUGAGAAUGGGAGUUUUCCACUUUUCAUUUCUUAUAAACUGAAGCCACUGUUGCUAUAGCAAUGAUUUUCCACCUACAUAAAAUUUGUGUUUGAGAUAUUUUUUCUCAAACAUGGUUUUUAAAAGUAAAUGAAUAUGCAUAGGCAUCAUGGCCCAAAAAUAUUUCUUUAGAUGGUAGGAAAUUGAUUUGGUUUUAAUAAUUUCAUGAGUGGAAAUAUAAAACUCAACUAAAAUUCUGAAUUGAUUGACAUGUAUCAUUUAAUGGUGGAGUUUAAAGAUUAAAAUAACACAUAUACCAGUAAUGGACAUCUUAUUCCAGCAACAAGAGCUUUUAAUCACAACAGGCUCUUUUUUUUUUUUUUCUUAAAGAUUUAUUUAUUUAUUUGAAAGUCAGAGUUACACACAGAGGAGAGGCAGAGAGAGGAAAGGUGGGGGGGGUGGGGGAGGGAGGUCUUCCUUCUGCUGGCUCACUCCCUAAUUGGCCGCCUCGGCCAGAGCUGUGCCAAUCCGAAGCCAGGAACCAGGAGCUUCUUCCAGGCCUCCCACGUGGGUGCAGGGGCGCAAGGACAUGGGCCAUCUUCUGCUUCUUUCCCAGGUCUUUGCAGAGAGCUGGAUUGGAAGUGGAGCAGCCGAGGCUCGAACCAGUGCCCAUAUGGGAUGCCAGCACUGCAGGCAGUGGCUUUACCCACUAUACCACAGUGCCGGCCUCAUACAACAGGCUCUUAAAUAAGUUUUUUUUUUUUUCUGCUAAACUACUCAUUAUCAGAAAAUCACACUGAAAAUUAUGUUAAUACUUUGAGUAUAUUCAGUAUGUGUGUAUUUUCCCAACUUCCUAAUAUAUUGAUGAUUUGAAAAUCAGGUAUCCGUGGAUAUUGUCGUGUUGAUAAUCUUGUUAUUUUAUAAUUUGAGUUUUUAAGAUUUUAUAUAUUUAUUUUAUUUGACAGGCAAAGAGAAACAGGAAAAGAGAGCUCCCGUUGCUAGUUUACUCCGUCAGAUGCCUGCAAUAGGUGUGGCUGGGCUGGACUGGGGCUGACCCCAGGGUUUGGGAACUACUCCAGUUCUCCCAUGUGGGUGGCAGGGAACCCAGUUACUUGAGCCAAGCAUCAAACCUGUGUACUCCAAUUGGGAUGUAAGCAUGUCCCUACUUCUGAAGUUUGGUUUUCUAAUCCAUAAUGACCAGAUUGUUUUAUUUUGUCCUAUAAAUGUUUCAUGAUCCCAAGAAAAGUUUUGCAACCUCUUGACUGUUGAUGAUAUUUGUGCCCAGAAGCAGUUCUGGGGACCAUUCUGCCAGGCUUUCAUUUUAUUCAUUGAGGAGCUAGUACUUCCAGGGCUAGGGUGACACCUGGGUGAACCAGCGUACUGUAGCAGGGAAGGGCACCAGAAUGAGAUUGACCGGGACUCCUGGCCUUUGCCUGCUUGCUGCUGUGCCCUUACUAGGGUAUCACUUGGAUGUAUUUUAUUUAUCCAUGCUGUAGAUUUAUGCAUAUAAAAACAAAUCUACAUGGGGAGAUCCCUGUUGGAUUUGGACAGGAAGAAGUUCAAAAAUUCUAAACAAACAACACAGGAAACCACAGGCAAUCUUCAGAAUUGUUUUGUAGUGAGAGAUGUUUACUUGAAUAUGUAGCAUUUUAAAAUAUUUGAUUCCCAGUUAGAAAAUAAUGAGCAAGCUUAUAGAGAAUGUGGAUAAAAGAAGAGUAAAAGACUUUAAAGGGGGUGGGGAGAGCGGCGCUGUGGCGUAGUGGGUAAAGCUGUCGCCUGCAGUGCCGGCAUCCCAUAUGGGCACCGGUUCGAGUCCUAGCUGCUCCUCUUCCGAUCCAGCUCUCUGCUGUGGCCUGGGAAAGCAGUAGAAAAUGGCCCAAGUCCUUGGGCCCCUGCACCCACAUGGGAGACCCGGAAGAAGCUCCUGGCUCCUGGCUCCUGGCUCCUGGCUUCGGAUCGGUGUAGCUCCAGCUGUUGCAGCCAUUCGGGGAGUGAACCAGUGGAUGGAAGAUCUUGCUCUCUCGCUCUCUGGCUCUCUGUUAACUCUAGACUUUCAAAUAAAUAUAAAAAAAAAAAAAAUCCAAAACCACAUAUGGUGGGGAAGGGGAAGCCAGCUGGAAUGAAAUGUCUUACUCACUGAUUAUAUUGGCAAAGAUUUAAACGUGAUGAUGCUACACAUUGGUGAAGGCAGAGGGAAAGUGCUCUUUUGCUACUGGUGUGUAUGUGUGAACUGAUGAGAAAGGCCACAUAUAAGAUGCUCAUCCUCACUGGCCCAUCAGGUGUAUCCCUGCUGGUUUGUCUUAUUAGUAUUGAUAUUAGAUUGAACUUUCAUAUCGUUUGUUAAGAUGUACACAGAUGUUUAUACACGUGCACACAUACAUAUGCAUGGAUGCAUGCAAAAACUGAAGGUGGCCCAUUUGUCUCAGUAAUGAGCUAGUUAUGUCAGCUGUGAAAUACUAAAGUACAGGUAGCAGCAGAGUGUUAUGUACUAGUGCCCAAGACAUAAGUGAAAAAAGCAAGUUUUAAAACCAAUUAAAAUAACAUCCAUGUAUGCUUUCCUAUUUAAGAAAUUUCAUAGGACACAAGAGAAAAUGUUAACAGUUACUUCAGAGUUUUUUGGAUUUUGAUGAGAAAUAUCCCUGAUGGACAGAGGUUUUCCUUUUCACUUUAAAUCCUCUGUACUUUAUAGGGGAAAAGUUACACAGAUAAAAUAUGUGUUAUCUUUGCUUUAAAAAUUUUUGCGGAACCGGCACUGUGGUGCAGCGAGUUAAAGCCUGAGCCUGCAGUGCCAGCAUCCCAUAUGGAUGCCAGUUCGUGUCCCGGCUGCUGCUCUUCUGAUCCAGCUCUCUGCUAAGGCCUGGGAAAGCAGUAGAAGAUGGCCCAAGUCCUUGGGCCCCUCCACCCAUGAGGGAGACCUGGAAGAAGCUGCUGGCUCCUGGCAUCGGAUCGGCACAGCUCUGGCCGUUGCAGCCAGUUGGGGAGUGAAGCAGCAGAUGGAAGACCUCUCUUUCUCUGGCUCUACUUCUCUCUGUAACGCCUCUUUCAAAUAAAUAAAAUAAUACUUAAAAAAAAUUUUUUUGCAAAGUUAUAUUCAUUGUUAAGAACCAUUUUGCUUAGUAACCGUGACUAAGGACAUUAUUCCCUUAUUAUGAAAUAAUUUUUGAAAUGUCUUCCCCUGAUUUUUUUAUGAUUUAAUUUUUCUUAAGGAAAAAGCAGGUUUAGUACUAAGAUUAAGCUAAAGUAUAUUGAGGGUGGGUGCUUGGCACAGCAGUUAAGACUACUUGAAGCAGCUGCAUCCCAUAUUGGAGUGCUGGGGUUCAAGUCCUGGCUCCACUUCUGAUCCCAGCUUCCUGCAAUGCAUACUCUGGGAGGCAGUGGUGCUGGCUCAAGUAGAGGUCCAUCACCCACAUGGGAAACUUAGAUUGAGUUCCCCACUCCUGCCUUGCUCUAGGCCCAUCCCCAGCUGUCGUGGGCACAGGGAAGUGAACCAGAGGAUGGGCGUGCUCUCUUUCAUCCUCUCUUCAUCUCUCUGCAUCUCAAAUGAAUAAAAUUUUUUAAAUUUAAUAUUUUAAAGUAUUUAGCAUAGAGACCAUGAAAGCAGUUAUAAAAAGAUUUAUGAGUUAAGAUUAAAUAAACCAUAAUGCAAUACAAAAUAGUACUAGUGGGGGCCGGUCCUGUGGCGUAGCAGGUAGUCAUUGCCUAUGGUGCCAGCAUUGCACAUGGGUACCGAUUUGAGUCCCGGCUGCUCCACUUCCGAUCCAGCUCUCUGCUAUGGCCUGAGAAAGCAGUGGAAUAUGGCCCAAGUCCUUGUGCCCCUGCACCUGCAUCAGAGAUCCAGAAGAAGCUCCUGGCUCCUUGCUUCGGAUUAGCAUAGCUCUGGCCGUUGUAGCCCUUUGGAGAUGAAAGACUCUCCCCGCCCCCCACACCCACCCACUGCCUCUGCCUCUCUGUACCUCUGCCUUUCAAAUAAUAAAAUAAAUAAAUCUUUUUUAAAAAGUACUAGUGGACAUAGUAAUACCUUUUGAGUGAAAGUGACUUCAUCGUGGUGGAAAUGAGGGUGCUUUGGAUUGGCAUCCACGUGGACACAACCAGUCACUGAAGAGCACCAUGUUGUACCUCAGGAGAAGUUUUUAUACUCAUCUUUUUGUAAUAAUGGUUAAAUGAUGAGUAAUAAUGGACCUGGAGUUAAUAUGAACUCUGACAUGCUCAAGUAAUUUCCCUAUUCAGAAGCACACAGUUGAUUGUCUAGUAGUAGUAGUAUUUCCCAUCUUUAUUUAUUUAUUGCUUUUUUUUAUUUUAUUUGAAAGAGAAACAGAGCUCCUAUCUGCUGAUUCACUCCCCCAAAUACCCACAACAACUGAAGCUGGACCAAAGCCAAAGUUGGGGUCCUGGAACUCAAUUCAGGUUUCCAUAUGGGCAGCAGAAAUCCAGUUAUCUGAACCCUCACUGCUGCUUCCAGGAUCUCCAUUGGUGGGAAGCUGGAGUCAGGAGCCAGAGCCGAACAUCCAGCCGAGCACUGCCAAAUGGAGCAGGUGUUUUAACUGCAAGGCGAAACCGCUGCCUUGACCUUCAUUAAUUUUCAGGGACUUAGCCAACACUGAUGAAGAGCUUCCAUGUGACUAAUUGCAUACCUUAGUGCGGUAUCAACAGAGAGGUAAGUCCUAGCUUUCAAAGUGAGCAGACCAUUCUCUCUGGCAGUUGGGGCUCUGAUGUAGAGGUGCCACUGGGCUUGUCAUGUGCCCCGAGUACAUGUCAGGAGCCCUCACCCACAGCCAGCGGUCUCCUUCUCCUGUCCAUCCAGGGCACAGCAUUUCCACUGUGGCCUGUGACUGCUAGCAAACUAAGUGUUCAUAAAUGAGGGCAGUACAGAAAUUUGUGUAAUUUUUCACCCAUAUAUUACAUCUCAUUCAGAAUUGAUUAUUCCCCAGGUAAGUGCAGUCAAGAUAGCUAAAAAUAUCAAGCUGACCCCAUCACUGGUUAAAGACACUAGGGUGUCUAGGGAUUAUUGAACUUGAGGCCAGCAUACUCAUUUUGUAGAAAAGAAAGGAAGUCAGCCCCCAGAGAGGCAGGUGCAGCACGGUGGCAGUGGGGCAUGCAGUAGAAUGUCUGUCUACAUAUUUCAAAGAGGUAGUUCGUUUUAUUCUUAAUAUUCAUGAUUAAAGUUACAAAGUUGAUACAAUGAAUUAAAAUAUGGCGUAGAGGCAGGAUGAUGAUAGUAACCCACUCACCUAUUCAGUGGGAGAGUGUUCAGGGUUUUUCUUCUGGCUGAUACAGGUCUAUCCUAGGUGAAAAGUGAUUGGACUGAGACCUGCCUCUGGGCUCCCCCUUUAGACUUUGUAUGGUUUGCCUCAUUGGGCAUCAGUUUCCUCACUUCCACAAAGCAGUAGACGUGAUGUGGUGUCUGAAUCGCUUUCUUUAAGAAAAGAAAAGAAGUAGCAUAAUUAUUUAUAGUAGUGGUAUGCUAUUCUGUAUGUUACUCUGUUGAGAUCUAGAAAUCCAUGGUUUGGUUCCAUUUGGGAUAGAAACUAAAUGCUUAGGAUAAAGAAGGGAAGUCUUGCAUUUGUGUUAUUUUAAUUGCAGACAUGCAUUGCCUCUCAGAAAUUCUUAGGAUUCAUAUGAUUACUUUUUUUUUAGCAAGAUGUUUAACUCCUUCACAUUGGGAAAUCAGUUUUUCACAUUCAGGGUUUUUUUUAAAUGUGAAACUGGCUGUUUUAUAUAAUUGUUCUUGAAUGCUUUUUCAUUCCAUUUUUUUUUAAAGAUUUUAUUUAUUUAUUUGAGAGGCAGAGUUACAGACAAUGAGAGGAAGAGACAGAGAGAAAGGUCUUCCAUCCACUGGUUCACUCCCCAAAUGGCCACAAUGGUUUGAGCUGUGCUGAUCAGGAGCCAGGAGCUUCUUCCAGGUCUCCCAUGUGGAUGCAGGGGCCCAAGCACUUGGGCCUUCUACUGCUUUCCCAGGCCAUCGCAGAGAGCUGAAUUGGAAGAGGAGCAGCCAGGACUAGAACCAGCACCCAUGUGGAUUUCCAGCACUGCAGGCAAAGGAUUAACCUCCUGCGCAAUGGCAUUGGCCCUUUUCAUUCCAUUUUUAAUCCCAUGCCCUACUUAGUGUUAGUGCAUCCAUUGAGCAGUAUCAUUUCUUUUUUUUUUUUUUUUUUUUUUUGACAGGCAGAGUGGAUAGUGAGAGAGAGAGACAGAGAGAAAGGUCUUCCUUUGCUGUUGGUUCACCCUCCAAUGGCUGCCGCAGCCAGCGUACCGCGCCCAUCUGAAGGCAGGAGCCAGGUGCUUCUCCUGGUCUCCCAUGGGGUACAGGGCCCAAGCACUUGGGCCAUCCUCCACUGCACUCCCAGGCCACAGCAGAGAGCUGGCCUGGAAGAGGGGCAACCAGGACAGAAUCCGGCGCCCCAACCGGGACUAGAACCCUGUGUGCCAGUGCCGCUAGGUGGAGGAUUAGCCUAUUGAGCCACGGCACCGGCCAAGCAGUAUCAUUUCUAUCAGUUCAUAGGAUAUUGAGCUCAAUCUUUUAAGUUUAUACAUAUAACCAAGGACUAGAAGGGAAACUGAACAACAAUUGAAGCAAAGAGUGACGUGUUAGGUAAAUAUAAAUUUUACCACAUAGGUUUGUCCAUAGCACAUGGAGUGGGGAAAGGAGCUUGUUGUAGUAGACAUUGGCAAAUUAAUUUUGGGUGGUUGAAAGCCUCUUAUUUGUAAGAACUCAGAGUAAUGACGUAACUGUGCGUGUGUUAAAGAGAAAAAAGUAAUCAGAAUGGAGAAAAAUUAAAACCUGGUAAAUUUAUUUGACCAUGUGGCGUUUAUUUCAACACAUUUGGGUUGGGUAUGGGGCCCUCCCAUCCCAUACCCAGGGUUAGUAUUUUACACAGGUUUUAUGCAGAGGGUCAGAGUGCAGGAGGUCAGUGGUUUUUUUCAGAGCACAAAGGUGCCAGAGGUGGUAAGCACGUCGCCAACUGUCAGCUUUGAGAUUUAUUGUGUGUGUCUGCUGUUUGAGUCCAAAAGGGCUUAAUAGCUGAAUAUAGAUAGACUUUAAAUCACCGCUGGGAUUUAAAUUUUCACUCUGAAAGUCUAGGUCAUCUGACAGUAAUCAAGGGCAUUUUCAU